AUGCAACAAUGGCAAAUCCUGCCGCCCGAUCUGGUAGAGCUCCAAAUUGGCCAGGUUGACCUUCUGUUGGCUAUGUACCCUGAAGAGAUUAUCUUCGAUGAGAAUUCUCGGGGGAUAUUAGAUAUCUUGCGCGACACCGAUGAUGCCAGGUCUAAAGUCGCUGUCAAACUGACGCCAAGUAUCUCGGUCAUCCUUGAUCUACCGAUAUCAAUGGCCGAAGAAGAGGCGUCAAAUUCGAGGACAUUGCGCCUAGACAUCGGAAUACCGUUCGCGUACAACGGGAGCCUGCCGCCUUCUGAACCACCAGUGGUUAAAGUACGAGUACAGCAACCCAACUGGAUGAGUAAAGCCGCGACGUCACAGUUGACAGCGGAUAUUCCGGAAGAAGAAGACUUAUUGGGUACCAUCGAGUUCAUUCGAGAAGCUGCAUCCGAAUACCUCGCGGACAUUGAGAAGAAGGAGAUGGCUCUAGACACCGCAACCAUAUACGCCGGACCGCUGGUAAGAGUUUGGUUCUAUUUCCCCUCGAUUAGCACACGUUCCAAGCGCGACGACUUCAUCAAGUACGCGCCGUCCUACCAGCUGACCGGCUUCCUCUUUGCUGGCAAACCCGGUUUACUCUGUGUCGAAGGUGGCUCGCAAAACAUCGAUGACUACAUGAAGUUCAUCAAAACGGAAAGCUGGGGUGAUAUUCCUGCGCAUCAUAAGAAAGUUAGUGAGCGACACCGAGAGACAUGCGAGAAGAGGGUCUUUCCAGACAUGACUGAGAUUACGGAUACGGUCGGUGAGAGACGCGGGCAAAGAGCAAAUAGAGGGGAUAUGAAGGCGAUAGAAGAGUGGCUUGUGGAGAGAGGCCUGGGUGAUGCCUUUACAAAGGUGUUGAUGUAG